GGUUGGGCAACAAUGUAACGGGACGGAACCGGAAGUCGCGACUGCAGUUCUCCGCUACCUAAUGCCAGACAAGCGCGAAGAGGGAAAAAAAGGAAAAACUUUGUGGAAGUAGACGGAAGGGCCGCGGAAAAGUUGAUCAGAGCGCCGCUGGGCCGUGAUGGCGGUCCGGCCCUGAAUCGAGCCCGUAGCGCGGAUGUGGAGUUAAGAGAUGAACUCGAGGUGUGAGAUCCAGCGGAGGCCCGGCGGCGGCAGCGGGGGCUUCAGCGGCAGCCCGGUCACCGGCUCCCCCGCCAUGGGAGCGCAGUCGCGCCGCAGGAAGAUGGCUCCCAGACCGGCUGAUUAUAAACUCCAGAUUAUCAUCAUCGGCUCCCGCGGUGUGGGAAAAACGAGCCUGAUGGAGAGGUUCACUGAUGACACUUUCUGUGAGGCGUGUAAAUCAACUGUGGGGGUGGACUUUAAAAUCAAAACCGUGGAGCUCAGAGGAAAGAAGAUCCGGUUGCAGAUCUGGGACACUGCUGGUCAGGAGAGAUUCAACAGCAUCACCUCAGCUUAUUACCGUGGAGCUAAAGGCAUCAUAGUGGUGUACGAUAUCACCAAGCAGGAGACCUUCGAAGAUCUGCCCAAAUGGAUGAAAAUGAUCGACAAGUAUGCCUCAGAGGAAGCUGAGCUCCUAUUGGUCGGGAACAAGCUGGACUGCGAGGCCGACCGAGUCAUUGCACGACAGCAGGCCGAGAGGUUUGCCUCACGGAUAUCGGGGAUGCGGUUCUGUGAGGCCAGCGCCAAGGACAACUUCAAUGUGGAUGAGAUCUUUCUCAAGCUAGUGGAUGAUAUCCUGAGCAAGAUGCCUCUGGAAAUGCCCUGUAGAGAGUUCUCCAACAGCGUCCUCUCCCUUCAGCCCGAGCCCGAAAUGCCGCCAGAGCUGCCGCCCCCUCGGAUGCGCUGCUGCUGAGCCUCGACUCGGUUCUUCCGCUCCUAAAAAACUUCAACCGUCUCUUAACAGCCCCCUGCAUUUUCAGCGACUGACCACCAGGGGGUGGCGUGCACCUAAAUGCUCUGAGGCUUUUUAUUUUACCCACUGGGAGCUGUGGACUCCAGGAUAUAAGCAGUGGGAGGGCAGUUCCAGGAGCAAGAACAUUCAAGUGAAUUCGCCACAUUUAGGCUUCUGACUACAUGAAAUCCAGACCGACCAACCGACUUACACUCUGACCUUCCUGCCUACAAGUACAGUGUCAGAUAUGCCCAGUCCAUACAAUACAAUGGAAAAUGAACAUUUUCAGUCGUCUUCAAUUUCAAAUAUUCUGCAUUAUUGCACUCUUAAUCUGUGUAGCAUCUCGGUGAUCAAGUGCAUUCUCACGACCUCAAGAGGGUAUUGAUUUAAACCUGGGCCUCUCAGAUAAGACUUCCUGAAAUCACACAGUUCUUCUUUUCCCACGGUUUAAUUAUUUUCCAUUACAGUCAUGUCAUCACUUACAGUAGCAGCGAAUGGAGAAAAGCCUUGGGUUUGAGUUGAAAGUCGGAUCGUGGGCUCUUCAGUAAAAAUUGCAGAGUUAAUAAGCAGCGUUCAAUCCAAGCAGUGUUCUUGCUGUUGCUUUGUGUACACAUGCAAAAAAAAAAAACCUUCCCUUCUCAUCCAUUAGUAUACACUAGCACUUUUCUGUGCUCCUUUUUUUUCUCUCCCUGCUAGGAAUUUUGAUCUUAUUUUAUAAUGUAAUGUGCCAGUUUUUUUCCAUUUCUUUCCUGAAAGGAGACGGUGGUCACAUAUGCAACGCAGGUCUAUCGGUGUUCUUGUUCGUCGUGUUCUCGCACUACAAUCUGCGCUUGUAGCUGAGAUUUUGGUUCACUCUGAAGCACUAAUACUUCAUCCAGAUCACUACCCGUGCCAUUUCUGCUUACUUGAUAAAAUUACACUAAAAGGGGGAUUUAUUGGGUGAGGGAGCGAAAAAUGUAUAAAUAAACAAUCGUUUUUUUUUUACCUAAAGGGCUACACGGUGGAAAAAAAGACGAGAUGCUGUGUAGUCGACGUGACGACAAGAACACGGACCUUUAUUUGUGAAUUAAUAUCACAUAAAUUAUAUUAUAAAAUUAAUAUUAUAAAAAAAAUGUUAACUGUCAAAUGAGAUGUAAAUGCUGCACCUUGUUCUCAAGCAUCUGAUUUAGCCAUUGAAACACAUUUACACAAAUAGCUAUUAUCCGUGGAUGGUGUCAUGAUGGUCCGAUGCUGUGGAUGAUAUGGAAUGAUUGUCCUCAUAAAAAAAUAUCUUCGAGGCCUCCUGUGUAAUCACUCAUUAACAAAAGUUGGAACGAAAAUAAAGCGGUUUUAUGAUCAUUUUUUUUUUUAGACUUAAGUGCACAUAAUCAUGCAGAGAUUUUGGUGUUAAUGUCGUGUUUACACCCCAGAUUUAACAAAAGUCACCCUUAACUGCAUAAAGAAUUAAUCCGGCAGCUUUGGUUCUGGUUCUGUUUGGGUAGCGUCUAAACCUCGAGUCGCAGGUCAUGAUUUCCACACAGCUGUAAGACCACGUGUUUUCUUUUCAAUAAUCGUAUGAUUUCUAACAAUGGCUUUGUAAACAUUUAUAAACCAGCCGCAGUAUUUCUUUUUAAAAAAUACGUUUUUUUAUGGAAUGUAUACUAAUCCGAAUGUUGUUUUCUUUUUUUCUUUUUAUUUGAUUACAUUUUUUUUUGUGUGUGUGAAUGUGCCAGGUUUCGACGAAGGGCCUUUAUUUAUCACCAUGUGCAUUUUUUUUUUUGUGCCGAUUUUACUUCUGUUUUGCUUUUUGUUUGUAUUUUGAAGUUUUGAAAGACGAGUCAAAUGUACUAAGCUUUUGCUAGAAUUGUGUUCUGUCUGGUUUUUUUUCUUCUUCUUCUUGAAGGGAAAUUGGAAUUAUUGAAUUGUCAUUUUCUUUCAUUUUUUUUUAGUAUGUAUCGAAAUAAAUUUUAAACAUUUUUUUUACCUAUCAGUAUUGCUGCAGAAACACUAUUAAUGAUAUUCAGUAAAUCUGUUAGGUUUUUCUCACGAACAUAAACAUGUCAUUGGCUAUUAAAAAGAGUUCAUCCCACUGUGAUGGUUUCUUUAGUGAUGUAGCAUAUAUAAGUGCUGCCUUUACAAAUGUCAGUUUUUUUAUGGAGUAACCUCAUGGUAAUUUUAAUCACUUAGGACUUUUAGAAUUUAUGAUACAGAAGUUAUCAAACAAAAUCAAUUAAGAACAAAAUAAGUGAGACCCUCGAUUAUGGAUUGAAGUGAGGAGGAGCACUUUGUAAUCUGAUUUUAGGUAUUUUAAACCGUUUGGCAUGUUUAAACAUUUUUGUGAUAUUUAUAACUCGUGGUGUUCUUGAACUAAUGAAUUGCAAAUAAAAUAUAUUUAUUACUUCUA